AUGCUUGAGGACGAGAAGAAGGCAUCCGACAUGGGUCAUGUCGAGGUGCAUCAAGUCCUUCGAAAAGACUCGAUUCACGUCGCCGGCGAGGGCGAUAAGGAGCUUUUGCGUGAGGACGAGUUUACCGACAAGGAAUACCACCGCCUACGCUGGAAGGUAGAUCUGAUCAUCAUGCCACUACUUAUGAUCCUGUAUGGUCUCCAGUAUGCCGACAAGACGAGUCUGAGUCGCGGCGUCAUCUUCGGUCUCAAGGAGGACACGGGUCUCGGGGAUGCAGAGUAUCCGAACCUCACGACGUUCUUCUACAUGAGUUAUGCGGUCGCGCAGUAUCCGAUGGCGUGGGUUUUGCAACGGUUCCCAAUUGGACGUGCGUUGGGAACUUGUGUGAUUAUCUGGGGAGGGCUGGUUAUCGCCCUCGCUGGGUGCAACAAUUACGCUUCGCUCGCGGUCGUGCGCGUCCUCCUCGGAUGGUUCGAGUCGGUCGUCACUCCAGGUUUCGCCAUCUUUACCGCGUCGUGGUACCUCCGUCGCGAGCAGACGUUGCGUCAGAGCAUGUAUUAUGCCAUGAACUCGUGCUUCGCAAUGAUCUUUGGCGUCGGCAUCUAUUACCUUGCUCUCAACGCUCAGCGGAAUGGCGGAUUGGCUGCGUGGCGCGUCAUCAACGUGUUCCUCGGCGGCCUGACAAUUGGCAUGGGCAUAAUCUUUGUCAUCAUGGGCGGCGGUCCGGACGAAGUCUGGUGGCUCAGCAAGCGGGAGAAACGGAUGGCUAAGGCGCGUAUCGUCUCGAACGCGACUGGGGGAGGCGAACAACACCCUUGGCGAUGGGAACAGGUACGCGAGUGCUUCCGCGACCCCCAGUGGUGGUUUAGCGUGGGCUUCAACCUUCUCGGGUGUGUGUAUAAUGGCGCCCUGACGACGUUUGACUCACUCAUUUACGAGAGUUUUGGGUUCACCAACCUCGAGGUCAUCCUGUUCAGCAUGCCGACGUACGGUCUGACCUUUGUGAUGAUCAUCACAAUGGGAUUUCUGGUAUACAAGUGGCCGCGCCUACGCUUCCCUAUUGCGCUGGUAUCGCAGACGAUUGUGGCGUUCGUGCUCUUAUUUGUUGGCCUCGCAAACGUCGGCAAAUGGGCCAAAUGGGCAGUCUUCAUGUGGUCGCUCAUGGACACGAUCGCGUCCUUUGUCAUGGCGUGGCCCAUCAUCUCCGUCAAUGUCGCUGGCCGUACGAAGAAAUCCUUCUUCGGCGCCUCCUCCCUCGUCUCGUACUGUAUUGGUAACCUCGUCGGUGCCCAGAUUAUGCGCCCCAACGAUGCGCCACGAUAUACAAAGGGUCUCACAGCUGCAGCGGUUAUUCUUAUUGGUAACAUUGUGCUCACCGCCAACUGGUGGUGGUACUAUGUUCGGGAGAACCGCAAACGACGCGCUGAGAACGAGGGCAUGUCGGACGAGGAGAUUACCAAGCAGAGCGAGAUUAACGGUCUGAUGGACCUCACCGACCGCCAGAACCGCCAGUUCUUGUACCUGUGCUAG